GUAAAAUUUCCAAAAAAUCUUCUUCGAAAUUUUGGCGCAAACGCUACCUUUUGUCCCAUAUGAAUGUAAGAUAAGAAGAAAGCAUAAACAGUUGGAUAUACAUAUUGUUCUUAUGUGACAUAAUUACACAAGCAUCCCAAAAAAAAGUAGGACCGCACAAUUCUCUCUAUAGACCAUAGUGUAGUCCACACUAAGUUAAAGUAUUCACAUUCGGAUAUAAAAAGCAAGAAUAGUAAACCCUAAUAUCUUCUUCUUCUUCCCCCAUUCCUUGUGGACCUCCUCCAUGUUUCAUUUACUUUGGAGUUGGUUGCUAAAACAGAUUAAAGCUAGCUGCUAAGCUAGUACUGUUAGAGUUUUGUUAAUUAGAAGAAACUAAAGAGUCAAAAACAGUGGAUCCAAGGCAUGGAAAGAGGGGACUUUUCAUCCAAUGAAAUGGAAAUGGAAGAGAAAGAGAAUAACGAUAAUAUUGAUGAUCCUCAACUUCAAGAGGAGCUCUAUAAUAUAUACUCAGCUCGAUCUCAGCAUGACAUGUCUGCUAUGGUUUCUGUCCUUUCUCAAGUUAUUGGAAACAGUACCACCCAUUCUUCUUCUGCUAAUGCUACUCCAUUAACCCUACCUCAAUCUGCUGUAGCUCUCCAAAACCAAUCUCAAUCUAUUGAGGAUCAAGGGAAUUCGAGAAGAAAAAGGUAUAGAGGAGUGAGGCAAAGACCAUGGGGAAAGUGGGCAGCCGAAAUCCGAGACCCAAAGAAAGCAGCUAGAGUAUGGCUUGGCACUUUUGAAACUGCUGAGGCUGCAGCAAUUGCCUACGAUGAAGCAGCUCUCAGAUUCAAAGGCAACAAAGCCAAACUCAACUUCCCUGAAAGAGUUCAAGGCAAAUUCCAAUACCUUACUACUACUACUAGUCAAAAUCAUCACUUGCCUGAUAAUAUUGUUCAACAACAAUAUAUUCCAACUAGCUCCAAUAAUAAUCAUCCUCUCCCUUGUCAAGAACAUUAUCCUAGUUUACAUCACUAUGCUCAGCUACUUCAGAGUGACAGCAAUAUUACUGAUUUAAACUUCGGUAUCUCGCCAAGUUAUAAUCAGCAGUUAUCUGCUUCUUUUGAUUUUGCGCAAUCAUCAUCUAACAGUACAUUAUCGGAAUUGCCAGCUUCUUAUGAGCAGAGGCAAUUACAAUCAAGUUACAAGCAAGAAGAAGAAGUUUUAAUGAGAUUUUCAUCGCAUUUUGGUACUACUUCAAGCUCAUCUGGACCUCAUGAAAGUAACUGGGAAGAGUUUGAAGAUAGAAAGUCAUAAGUUCAUUCCCUAGUAUUAAGAGAUACGAAGACUGAAAGAAGUUUUAUGAGAUUUCCGUCGCAUUUUAUUUCGUAGUUUAUGGUUUUACUGGGGUUUUCUGUCCUCUGAUCUUGUAUUUCAGUUAAGUGUAAUAGUAGAACUAUAUAUAUUCAUGAAUUAAUGGAAAAAUAUUGGUGUGGUUUUAUGUGUUUAAA